AUGAGCACACCUUCAUCUCAACUACAUUGGCUCACCCCUCGGCAUCAUACCUCUAUGAGCGCAAACCUUGUGCAACUGACAGCAGAAAGCGGAACGACGACCAACCCCAUCAGAAUUAAACGAACGGUCGUCGCGCCUAUUUCCGAAAGUCCUGACGCUGUGUGUCCACUGUCCGCCCAAUCCGCCGUCAAGUACGACCAGUCCACUCCGGUACAUUUUGGUCCUUCGCGUCCGGUUAUUAUGGACAAAAGCGAGUUGGAAAAGUUGUGGGCGAAAAGGGAGGUUAUGUUCGCUAAGGCGAAAUGGGAGCUCUCCGUCGCAGAAACCCUCCGCACCCGGAAUCCCACCUACGAAGAGGUGCAGGAGCGAAAGGACAAGCUCACGGAACUUGCUGGAAACUUCGACGGCAUCCAGACCACGAUCGAAGAGAGCACCAGCAAUUUGGAAGACGUCGCGUCGGUGUUUAACUACCGGCUGCAGUUCGACGAGGUGUACUUCAAGGCUAAAGGAAUAUACACGGCGUUCCUGCAGGAUAAUCAGGACCGGAUGUCCACCUACAGUGCUGAAACCGGGGAAUCCGCAAAUGACCUGAGGGAUGCCAUCAGAGCUCUCGUCGAGACUCAGCAAGCCUUGAUCAUGCACCAAAUUCAACCCCCCGCAGCAGCAGCUGCUGGACCGGCUUCGCAUCAGGACCACCAACUGAACGUGAAGCUCCCUCAGCUCAACAUCCCGGUGUUCAAGGGAGAACGGAAGUACUGGCAUUCUUUCAAGGACCUGUUCGUGAGCACCAUCCACAGCAGGACCGACCUCAAGGACUCGCUGAAGAUGCAGUACCUGCUAUCGUACUUGGACGGCGAGGCGAAGAAAAUGGUCAGCUCGUUCCCUAUCAGUGACGCCAACUACAAAGAAGCCUGGGAAACACUGGAGACUCACUACAACAAGAAAAAGUAUACCGUGUUUGCCCUGGUUCGAGAGUUCAUCGACCAACCAUCUACGACAACCGUGUCCGGGCUCAAGAAGCUGGUGGCCACAUCCGACGAUGUCAUCCGUCAGCUCAAGGCUCUUGGCAAUGAGUUCGAAUCGAGGGAUCCGUGGCUCAUCCACCUCCUGUUGGAGAAGGUGGACAAGGAAACAAGAUCUUUGUGGGCGCAGAAAAUCAUCGAUGUCGACAGUCCAACGUUUGCUGACUUCCUGGAGUUCCUGCAAAAGCGCUGCGAUGCACUCGAAACGUGCACAGCCUUUACGAAGCGGCCAAGUCAGGCGGAUGCCGGAAAGAAGGAGUACUCCAGAGCACCCGGUGGCGAGAAAGUGCAAACCUUCCAUACCAACGCGUCAUCGGCAACAUGCGCUAAGUGCUCAAAGGAUCACCCGAUCUAUCACUGUGACCGCUUCAAGGAAAUGGACGUCUCGGCGCGCAGAGAGUUGGCACAAAUGUCAAAACUGUGUUUUAACUGUUUGCGCUCCUCCCAUACAGCGAAGAAAUGCCCUUCGAAGUCUGUCUGCCGCUCAACGGAUUGCAAGCAACGUCACCACACCCUGUUGUGCACGCAGGGGGCAACACAAGCUGUCAAGAAACCGGAGCAGGAUCAGCCCAACCAGGAAUCCAAUCUGGAAUCAGCGUCGUCGGUCAACGUCAACUCAACACAGGCGGUGAAUGAAACAUCUACAAUUACGCUACUGCCAACGGUGGUGGUACGUGUCAAGGGCAGCGACGGUCUACUGCACGAAGUACGAGGACUAAUCGACAGCGGUUCGCAGGUGUCACUAAUCACGGAAGCGUGCGUAAAGCGUCUUGGGUUGAGACGUAGCAACGCUACACUGGAGGUCACCGGCGUCAACGCAGAGGUUGUCGGUCGCACAGCCGGCAAGGUCAUGCUGGUGUUGUCAUCGCGCUUCGAGGAUGAAAUCAAGCUAACCACUCAAGCCUACGUCCUAGGGAAACUGACGGCAACCCUGCCGUGUCAGCGAUUCAGCGAAUCCAAUGUGCCCUACUUGCAGGGGCUGCAGUUGGCCGACCCGCAGUUCAACAAGCCGGGAGCAAUCGACAUUAUUCUUGGAGCCGAUGUCUUCCUGUCGGUAUUGGAAUCAGGACAGGUCAAGAACCACAACGGAACUCCUGUGGCACAACAUUCCAUUUUCGGAUGGAUGGUCGCAGGUAAGCUCGCGAAACAGGAAUGUGUUCAUGCCUACCACUCGGUCAUCAAUCUGAACCAAGAGAUUGACAUCGACCGGACGUUGCGGUUGUUCUGGGAGGAUCAGGAACUUCACAAUCCCAAGCAACUCACUAAGGAUGAACAAAGGGUGGUUGAAGGUUUCAACUCCACUCUCACACGCUCGCAGGAAGGUCGCUUCAUCGUCCGUUUGCCAAUGGAUGACUCGAAGCUCAAGUUGGGAAACUCUCUGGUCGCCGCCACCAGGCGAUUGAGAUGCAUGGAACGUCGAUUCGAGAAUGACAGCGAUUUCAAACAGCGAUAUGUGGCGUUCAUGCGGGAAUAUCAAGAGCUAGGCCACAUGAGGAUUGUGCCGCCAGCGGAGGUCGACGUCGACUGCUCGAAGGCAUACUACCUGCCGCACCAUGGAGUGGUAAAAGAGGACAGCAUCACCACCAAACUCCGGGUUGUGUUCGAUGGGUCGUCUGCUACCACGACCGGAGUAUCGCUCAAUGAUAUUUUGUUGGAUGCCCCGAACAUCAACGCAGAUCUGUUCGACGUGUUGCUGCGAUUCCGAUCGUACCCGGUGGUCUUCAUAGCGGACAUCGAGAAGAUGUACCGCCAGGUACUAGUGCACCCUGGCGACACCGACUACAUGCGCAUCGUAUGGCGAGACUCACCCGAUAAGCCUAUCCAGCAUUUUCGUCUUCUUACCGUUACCUACGGUUUGAAGAACUCAGGGUUCCUCGCGAUGGCAGCGCUGCACAAGGCAGCUGAAGCAUACGAAUCAACAUACCCGGAAGCAGCGGAACGAGUCGUGAAACAUACCUACGUCGACGAUCUAACAUCAGGUGCGAAUUCGGCGGAAGAAGCAAUGCAGCUCAUCGUGCAAAUCAACGAGAUUCUUGGGGAAGCUGGGUUUACUCUUCGUAAAUGGAGUUCAAACUCGCCUGAAGUACUGGGAUCAUUGUCGGACACCAUCAUCACCUCGAUGCCGAUCCAAUUCCCGGACGAACGAAACACUGUGAAGGCGCUUGGGAUACACUGGCUUCCAACCGAGGACGUUUUCACGUUCAAAGUGACCAUGCCUACCGACGGGCCGAACACGAAACACCAGCUGUUGUCGGACUCGGCGAAGCUAUUCGAUCCAUUCGGAUGGUUCGCACCGGCGAUUGUACGAGUCAAGAUCCUCUAUCAAAAAUGUUGGCUCUACGAUCUCAACUGGCACGACAAGCUACCACCAACCAUCGAAGAGGCGUGGAUCGAGGUUAAGGAGAAUCUGCAUCUACUGGAAGAAGUCAAGUUGCCUAGGUGGGCAGCAAACUACAACGGACGCAUCGAGCUGCACGGUUUCUCAGAUGCUUCUGAGGAGGCAUAUGCGGCUGUGGUAUACCUGCGGUCGGUCGACAGCAACGGAGAAGUUCAUGUUACCUUGCUCGCCGCGAAAACGAAGGUCGCUCCGGUUCGUCAAAUUUCCAUACCACGUCUGGAGCUCAACGCAGCUGAACUGUUGGCGAAGCUCAUGCAGCAAGUAGCAACACCACUCGAAAGAUUCCAAAUCAAUCAGUACGCCUGGACGGAUUCCACCAUCGUAUUGCAGUGGCUGUCCGGCCACCCCCGCAAGUGGAACACCUACAUAGCAAAUAGAACCUCUUCGAUUUUGGACAUCCUGCCUAGAAAGCACUGGGCUCACGUCACUUCCAAGGAAAAUCCUGCCGAUUGUGCAUCCCGUGGCGUAUCUCCGUUGGAGCUUGUCAACCAUCCGCUAUGGUGGUCAGGGCCCCCAUGGCUAUCCGACGAUUCCUCAACGUGGAACCGAGACGCACCAGAUGAUACUCACGACGAAGAAACUCUAGAGGUACGUAAGCGCUAUCAGUCACUCAAUACUACCGUAAGCUUUCCAGAAACGACACACGUCAUCGAAAGGGAGAUUUUGGAACGACGAUCCAAUCUUUCUGCCGCUUGCUGGCAGCUCGCCCGCGUCAGGAGAUUCGUUUGCAACCUGAGAUGCACGAUUACCGGCAGCAGCAAGGUCUCCGGUUCAAUUUUGCCAUCCGAGCUGCAUGAGGCGCGGUUGCAGUUCAUCCGAUUGGCACAGCAGGACUCCUUCCAAAGCGAAAUCAAGGCCCUCGUUCGUGGCGAUGAAGUUCCAUCCAAAUCCAGCAUCGCAAGCCUGUACCCAUUCCUGGACGGUACCGGCACACUGAGGGUAGGAGGACGAUUGCAGCACUCGGUGUACUCUUUCGACGUCAAGCAUCCGAUAAUCGUACCGAAAAAUCAUCGCUUCACAAAACUGCUGGUGGAGGAGAUUCACGUAAACAACUGCCAUGCCGGGCCAACUUUGAUGACAGCCACAAUCAACCAGCGGUACUGGAUCCAAGGUUGUCAAACAGUGAUUAAACAGCACAUUCGGAAGUGUAUGCCGUGUUGUCGUCAAAAGGCCCAGACCGCAAAACAGCUUAUGGGAAGUUUACCGGCUGCCCGGGUGACAGCAUGUCGCCCUUUCGCUCACGUUGGGGUGGACUAUGCCGGUCCGAUAUUGGUGCGUUGCAGCAACACCCGCGGUGCGCGGUGUAUGAAAGGAUAUAUCGUUGUCUUCGUCUGCCUUUCAAGUAAAGCCGUUCACUUGGAAGUCGCAGGGGAUUUGACCACCGACACCUUUUUGGGAGCGUUCAAAAGGAUGAUUGCACGCCGUGGAUAUUGCAACGAAGUGUGGUCGGAUAACGGCACGAAUCUGGUGGGAGCUGAUCGACAGCUACAGGAGAUCUACGAGACAGUCACCAAACAUGUCAAGCAAAAGGAACACUUCUUCACAAACCUCGGGAUUCGCUGGCGAUUCAUACCACCGGCAAGCCCUCAUCAAGGUGGUAUAUGGGAAGCGGCGGUGAAAAGCGCUAAGGAGCUGCUUCGACCGAUCCUGGGCGACGAGAAGCUUACUCACGAGGAACUCUCAACGGUGUUGUGUCAAGUGGAGGCUUGUCUCAAUUCGAGACCCCUCUGCCCGAUGUCGUCAAGUCCCGAUAGUUUCGAAGCACUUACACCGGGGCACUUCUUGGUUGGGCAGCCCCUAAAUCUGCUACCUGAACCGGACGUCACGCAUCUCAAGAUGAACCAACUCGAUAGAUGGCAGCGGGUUCAACGGUACACGGAAGAGUUUUGGCGACGUUGGCGUGACGAGUACAUCGCCACGCUGCAACCCAGAGGCAAAUGGAAAACCAAGCAAGAGAACCUGAAACCUGGACAUCUGGUUCUCGUGAAGAACGACAAUAGCCCGCCGUCGGCUUGGGAAAUGGCCCGUAUCGUAGCUGUUCACCCGGAUCAACAAGGACUGGUUCGCAACGUCACGCUUCGCAGAGGCAAAUCAGAGUACCAACGAUCCGUCCAGAAGCUGUGUCCUCUCCCUGAUUGA